UCUCCUGGUUCUGCUGAUUCUUCUUGUGGUUUCUGGAGGUCUUUUAUUUUAUUUCCGGCACUAUUUCAUGUCAGUCCCCUGGGUGGGGGUGGAUUCAGGGGUGGAGUCUGUCCAGCUGAUCUGCAAAACCAUAGUUUGCCUGCCUAAAGAUGCUAAAGUGGAGUGGAAGGAUGAAGAUGAUAGGACGGUCCACGUGUAUAAGAACAGCUCUGAUCAGACUGAAGAACAGCACCAGCGUUACAGAGAUCGAACAAAGAUGCGGAGAAAUUUACUGGAACCUGGAGACCUCAGUCUGACCCUCAAAUACCCCACAGACUGGGACAACUCCACCUACACCUGCACCGUCUACAGCAGGGAGGGAAACAUCCUGCUGAAGAGAAAGGUGGAGCUGAAAGCCAGAG